AUGGGCUUCACCAAAUCAUGUUACACUCACAGCCCCAUGCAGGCUGAACUUUUAGCACUACAGGAAGGCCUAAAACUAGCAAUAGAAUUGCCAUUUCCAGACCUUCAAAUCGAAACAGACUCAACAGAAGUGUUGAGAAUGUUAGAUGAAGAUUAUAGCACUACUAAUCCAUGCUUACUCACUUGCAGAUCCUUAACGCAACAGUUGAAAUCCCUGGUGAUCAGACACAGCUUUAGGGAAGGAAAUGCGGUAGCAGAUUGCCUAGCGAAGGAAGCUGUUAGGAAUUUCAAGCCAGGACUAUGUUAUCGACUUGCACGUCCACCUACUUUUGUUGAACCUUUUUUGGAAAAGGAUAUGCAAGAUGUUUGUUUGGGCGUUAAAAAACUAAAUUCUACUACUUGUAAUAGCCUAGUAUCUCUUAACAACAGUAAUGUCCUUAGGGACAAUGUAACUCCUAUGUAA